AUAAAAUCCAAAGCUAAAACUCAAAACAAAGCUCUUUCUAAAUUGGUAUUGGCACAAAUCUUAACCAAAACAGAACAUUCAAAUGAAUUACGACAAACAGAAUACAAAGGAAUGGAAGACGAAAAUCAUGCACAUCCUAAUCGACCUCAUCAAGCUAUUUGGGCCAUGAAAUUCAGCAAAGAUGGGAAAUAUUUAGCAGCAGGUGGACAAAAUUGUGUUCUUCGUGUAUGGGAAAUUUUAUCAGAAAAACUCAAUCAUGAUGAUGGUGAACAAUUAGAUACAAUCAAAGUCUUUAAUGAAACUCCCAUUCAAGAAUAUCAUGGUCAUAAAGCAGAUAUUUUGGAUAUUAGUUGGUCAAAGAAUAACUUUUUACUUUCAAGUUCUAUGGAUAAAACUGUUAGAUUAUGGCAUGUCACCAAAUCAGAAUGUCUUUGUGUCUUUGUUCAUUUGGAUUUUGUUACUGGAAUCAAAUUCCACCCAAAGGAUGAUCGAUUCUUUUUAUCUGGAUCAUUAGAUAGUAAAGUUCGUCUAUGGAGUAUUACCGAUAAAAAAGUGGCAUUUUGGAAUGAAGUACCAAAUGAAAAUCUUAUUACAGCGGUUGGAUUUACUUUGGAUGGAAGAACAGCUUGUGUAGGAUCAUAUACUGGACAAGUCUAUUUUUAUGAAACACAAGGUCUCAAAUACAAUACUCAAAUCAAUGUCAAGAAACGUGGAGCAAAGAAGGGCAAGAAAAUCACUGGGAUAGAAGCCAUGCCGAAUAUGCCACCAGGGGAUGAAAAGCUUUUGAUCACUAAUUUUUUUUUUUUUUUUUGUAGUGAUGAUGGACGAUAUAUUAUCUGUGGAUCUGAGGAUUGUAGUGUAUAUCUAUGGCCGACUGGACAUCCUGGAUUUUCAUCAAGUCGAUUUUCAAGGGAUAUGAUCACCAAUCAUCAUGGAUCAAAUGGAUCAGUUUAUGGCGGUGGUGGUAGUGAUACGAGCGGAGGUCAACCAUCAACAACGGAACAAGGUCUUGGAUCAUGGUUGAAACGUGGAGAACAACGAGCCAAGGAAAAACUACAACAUCAUCAUGAAUUCUUUGAAGCACAUAAAAGCACAAUCACCAAUGCCAUCUUUGCUUCACAUAGAACAAGACAACAAUUAGCAUUGACUGGACAUGAUAUUAUCCUCAAUCAUACACCUAUACCAGAUGAUCCACCAUGUCUCAAUAAUAAUGAUGAUGUUGAUGAAGAUGAUGAUGAUGAUGAUAAUACAAAAUUUAUUUACAAAACAAGUGAAAAGUAUGAUUAUCCUGAUAGUCAGAUCAUUGUAACCUCAGAUGUACAUGGAUGUAUUCAAGUUUGGCGAACAGAUUCCGGUAUUUAUACACAACAACAACAACAACGGAAAAGUAUUGAUUCCUCUUUUGUUACCCCAUCACUUUCUGGAAAAACUUGUCAACAAAAACGUCCCUUUACAUUGUUUUCUGGUCGUGUCAACAAAUAG